ACACCCCGAAGUGAAAUUUCCCUUGCGGAUGCCAAAUCACACUUAAACCAUCCUCCUCGGCCAGGUGUCCCGAUCCCGGGCUCGGCUCCAGGCUCCGGCCGAGCACCGGCAGGGCCGGGCAGGGCAGGGCUCCGCGGCUGCCCAUCGCACUCAUUUCCCGGCUGGGCGAUGGCCGGCGGCCGGGCAGCGCCUUUCCUUGCUCAGCCAAUUGCAUGUCCAGCCCGGAUCGGAGAUCGCGGGGUGUGAGCCGGGGGAGCGCCCGGGGGCCGCUGCGGGGGGGAGUUGGGAGCAGCUGCGGCGGGAGCGGGAGGAAGAGGAGGGAGAGAGCGGAGGAGAGGCCUGGGGCAGGCAGCGCCCGGGGUCGGGCCGCGCCGGCCGGCCCAGCCACUUAAAUGCAACCCCUGGGGCACCGGCUUCCCGCUGAUGAGACCGCUGCAGGGCUGUCGAGGCCGGGGCGUCGUCGUGGGGACCGUCACCCUCUGCCUGGCCGCCGGGUGGGCUCUGCAGACUCCUGGAGGAGUAUCCAUAGUUGUCCCACAACCCAACAUCAAUGCAACAGUGGCACAAAACAUCCUGCUCUCAGUUGAGUACUCUUGCCGAGGCGUGGCUACCAUUGAGUGGAAGCAUGUGUCAAGCUGGGGCACCACCAGCAUUGUUGAGUGGAGAAGUGGGAAUUAUGUCAACAUAUCCACAGUCUACAAGGACAGAGUGACUACUUUUGAAAAUGGCUCUAUACAGCUUCGGAAUGUGGGCAUGAGAGAUGCCGGCUACUAUUUUGUCACUGUAAUGGAGGAGCAUGGAACCAAUGCCUAUGGCACCAUCAUAGUCAAUGUUUACGAGAUUAUCUAUGAAGAUUUGCAUUUUGUAGCAGUUCUCUUCACAUUUCUCGCUGCAGUGUCUGCCAUUCUAAUCUGCUUCAUGUGGCUGUGUAACAAAUCUCUGCAUCUAUUUCAGAAGAAAACAACACACAAACUAACAGCAAGUACAACAGAAGAGAUUGAACUGGAAACCAUCGAGUGUUAGCCAAGGACUGUAUCAUAAUAAAAAUAACAAUUCUACCUCAGGAGAAAGUAUUGGCCAAGAAAGCAAGAACAAACCUAGAAGGUAAAAUGUUUGUGACUACGGCAGAAACAUCCUGACUUGCAAAGUAAUUAAACCAGCAAUGUCUGAUGGAGCUGUUUUGACCUGGUAAAUUUUCUGUUCUGCUAGUCAAGGUCAGAGUAAAAAAAGAGUAUGCUUCAUGAACACAUUUUUGUGGCUAGCUAAUAAAAUCUACAGCCUCUACCACUCUUAAAAACAACCAACCAACCAAGCCUCUAAGAUCAACCCAUAAAGGAAAUUAUCAUGGUCUUGAAGGACACCUGUAUUUUGGAUACAGCAAGUCUCCUAUUACAGACAGAGUGGUCAUUAGCAUCCAUCAACAUAAUAAAUUAAAUACCUAAUUACAGUAUUACAUUAAAAAAUUAAUUGCAAGCAUUGAAUCCUGUUUAUUUCACCUGUGCUGCUACUUUUGGGUGUAAGGAGCUUCCUGAAGCUCUGAAGACAAACUACAAUUUUUCAUGGGACAAAACUGACUUUGAAAGAAUGCUAAGCUGGUCAAAGUUCUCCCACUUGUGUUUCCAAUUGUUUACGCUGCCCCAGGAUGGAUGUUAACACACAUUUUAUGACAUUACUAGAGCAGGUGGUUGUACAAGGAACAGUGCAGGCAGGCACUAAAGAGGACACUGUCUAUAAAGAUUAGGGAGGUCAGAUAUAUAAAUAUAUAUAUAAAAUACUGAUAUACACAACACCAGUGGAGUGGCAAAGUACUGAACCGUUUUGUUGUGAAAGAUAUCCUUUGCAAACAUAGCCCAGUGAUGAACAAUCUAUCAGAAAAGUUAAAACAGCAUUACUUUGAAAUACAGUAUUUACAAAUACAGUUCUAAAAUUGCUCUUGUUGAGAAGCCACCUUUGCUUUCCCUAUGUUGUAAGAAAAUACAAAGUGACCUAACUAAUGUUUUCUUGAAUCUGCAUAUUGCACAUAUUACAGUUCUCCAUCUGUAGAUCUGUUGGGUGAAAUAAUAUUUGUGUUUGUCAGUGAGAAAGCAGUAAACUGACCAAGUUCCAAAUUAUUGUUUUGCUUUUGUAAUGAGAAUUUUGCAGUGUGAAAUAAACUUUGAACUUGUGAAGACACACACCAUGGACUAGUCUGCGCCUGUAGAUUGCCAUGUGGCUGUUUGAGUUGAACUGCUGCUCCUACCUUUGGCACACUUCAUCUGUUUGCAAAAACCUUUUACAGGACAGGCUGACAGAGCUUUCCCUCUGGUCAGGGACUGGGAUGCUCAAGUGCAGAGGUCCUAUAGGCUCCAUUUGGGAAAACAUUCAGGGAAUUUAUCACCAAGUGCAUAAUGAUGGAGGUAGGUGCCAAACAAGCCAAAGCACCCUGUGCACAAUACCUUUAAGCCAUCCCAUACUGACCUGGCCAUUUCUAGUACAAUGGGCCUCUCUCCCACUCAUAAACUGAGGUACCAGAUUCAGCUGUUUGCUCCUUCCUACAUCUAGAACAGGUCAAAAAAGGUGAGAAA